CAUGACUGUCAGCUGACCGGCGUGCCGCGAAUGCCGGUGGACACUGCAGAAGAGUCAGAGAUCACAGAGUCCAUUCAGCUUGCACAGUGGGGAAAAAAAGCACCUGACAGACCAGAUGUCCUCCUCCAGUCCUUCUGUUACUCUGAACACAGGGGUUCAGAUGCCCCUCCUGGGUUUGGGGACCUACAAGCUGCAAGGCUCUGAAGUCGUUCGCUGUGCUGUGGACGCUGCCCUGGCUGCUGGUUACCGGGCCUUUGACAGUGCGGCUGUUUACCGGAAUGAAGCUGAUUUAGGUCGAGCUUUGCGGGAGCUGCUGCCCAAAUAUGGCUUGACCAGAGAGGAUGUAUUCAUAACCAGUAAGCUUGGCCCUAAGGAUCAGGGUGAGAGGGCUAUGGAGGGUGCUCUUCACAGCCUGUCUCAGCUGGACUUGGGUUACAUCGACCUCUACCUGAUCCACUGGCCUGGAACACAGAGUCUCGCAGUUUCUGACCAGCGCAACCCGGGCAAUCGAGCUCUGAGUUGGGCCACACUGGAGGAGCUUCACGCUCAGGGCAAGCUGAAGGCCAUAGGUGUGUCCAACUAUACGCCAGCACACAUGAAAGAACUAAUGCAGAGCUGCAAAAUCCCUCCUGCUGUCCUUCAGGUGGAGUUUCACCCACAGCUGUGCCAGACGGAGCUGAGGCGAGUCUGUGAGGAGUAUGGCGUGUGUUUCCAGUCUUACUCCUCGCUUGGUAGAGGAGAAUUGACCGCCAAUCCCGUGGUCAUGGAGGUUGCAAAGACCUGCGAACGAACACCUGCGCAGGUUCUGCUACGCUGGGCAGUGCAACAAGGCGUCCCGACCCUCCCCAAGUCUUCAAGUCCCGACAGAAUACAGGGGAACGCCCAAAUCUUCGACUUCAGUCUGAGCCAGACUGACAUGGACAGACUGUCGGCCUUAGACUGCGGCCACAGAUAUUGCUGGGAUCCUUCAGAAGUUGCAUGAAACUUCAGCUUUGGAACACAAAUUCUUUACUGAAAUGUGAUGUUCUGCGCUGACUGAAGUCACAGGACGCAAAAGGAGCUUUGUUUUUUAAAGUUUUGUCUCAAGUAAUCUGCAGAUGUCCCCGACAAUGGCCUACCAAGCGACUGAUGAUGGAAUUUUAGCUAAAAUCUUGCAGAGUAUGUGCAUAUUCAUUCUGCACUGUCUCUUGUGAUGUGCCAAAUACAGUGCGGUACAUACUGUACAGCCUGAAAAUAAUGGACGCCUAAGGACAUAAAGCAAGUUUUGCUACAUGCAUGCCAUUGUGACAACAAAAGCCUUUCACUUAGGAUUCACUUUUUUCUGUUCACAGGUUUGUUCAUUUGCCAUUUUUUUUUAUUUUCACUGCCAUAUCCUGGAUUAUCUUUGCUUUCUUCUGUUUGCCAAACUAAAUCUUUGAAACCUUUA